UUUUUCAUAUUUUUUUCAUAGACUUGAGUCAAAGGAGCCUUUCCUGUCAGUUGGCGGCUAUGUGUUUGACUAUGAUUACUACAGAGAUGAUUUCUACAGUCGGUUGUUUGAUUACCACGGCCGUGUGCCUCCGCCGCCCCGCGCGGUCAUCCCGCUGAAGCGGCCCCGAGCGGCAGUGACGACCACCCGCCGGGGAAAAGGAGUUUUCUCCAUGAAAGGAGGAUCGAGGUCUGCUGUCAGCGGGUCUUCUUCAUCCGGCUCGAAAUUGAAAUCAGAUGAGUUACAGACAAUCAAGAAAGAAUUAACCCAGAUCAAAACUAAAAUUGACUCCUUGCUAGGCCGCCUGGAGAAGAUUGAGAAGCAGCAGAAGGCGGAGGCUGAAGCUCAGAAGAAGCAGCUGGAAGCGAGCCUAGAGCUGAUCCAGGACGAGUGCGUGUCGGAGAACGCAGAGCACUCUCUGGAGGAGCCCGCAGAGGGGGCGCCGGACGCCGACGGGGAGGAGCUGACGGACGGCGUGGAGGAGGACUUCGACGAGGACGGCGCGCACGAGCUGUUUCUACAGAUAAAGUGAUUUGAAGUAAUGAAUGAUGCCAUCAAAGCAGAAAAGAGAAACUGUGAAAACCCCCAGAAAUGUGAAAGGAGGUUUCCUACAGGAUAGCAGCAUCUUCGGUUCAAUUUAUAAAAACCCAAAUAAAUAAAAUGGACAGUAUUGUUCAAUUUUAGAAAUUCCAUUUCUUCUAUGUUCUAAGCUGUAUAAUUGUCAGGUUUUUAUGGUUUAGAUUGUAAAUGUGUUCUUCCCUUUGCUAAUUAUGUUUUUUUUUAAGUCUUUAAAGUCUUAAAAUGUGAAGGAUAUUUAUGAAUGGUAAGGGAGACACUGUAUACAAAUGUAUAUUUGUAAAAGCUAUUUUUAUGAUUAGCAUGUUUUACUGUUGAUCAUAUAUAAAAGUCAGGUGAUAUUGCAAUUAUAAACUUCAAACUUAUUUCCAACAAUGUCAUGUAAGAAAAGAUACAUUGUAUGCUAGUUUUUAUAAUUUAUUUUUAACUUAUAGUUUAAAGUACUUCAGAUCAUAAGGAUAAAAUACUUGAAAAAUUGUAUUUCUGCCCUCAAUAAGCACCAUUUUUAUUAAUAAAGAAUGCAGAUAUUUCAGAUGUGAUUCGAUAGUUAAAGGAUUGUUGGUUUGACCUAUAAUUAAAUUGAGCAUCCUCUGCUUGACUGAACUGAAAUGAUCCAGUUAAUACCCAAUAUUUCAGUCUGGAUAGGAGAUCCCAUGGACGGGUUUUAAUGCCAAUACAGAUAAGAACUAGAUUGGCAAGGAAGACUGUCUUGGCUUUGGAUCCAAAAGUUCAAAUUAGUGCAUACGUCUCCUCAUUCCAUCUCCUAUUACUAAGGACUCUCCAUCCCUGGCACUGCAAGCAUUUUCCAGAUGCCCUUAGCUGCUGUCUUGUGCUGUGGAAAUGGAAGAAACCAUCUUCACAGACUAGGAGAAUUAAGUGUAUAAUUUCUUAAUAAAUACUGCUUCUUUUAAAACAAA